AUGACCACGAACCAACAACCCUCAGUCCACCAACUCUAUCGACGGCUCGAGACUGUUGGAAAAGGCGCCUAUGGAAGCGUUCACAAGGGAAUCGACCGCGCUGGCAACAUUGUUGCUCUCAAAAUCAUCAAUCUGGACAUUGAGAGCGACGAUGUUGGUGACAUCCAACGGGAGGUAGCCCUGCUUACUCAACUCCGCGAUGCCCCCAAUAUCACCCAGUACUAUGGCUGCUACCUCGACGGACCUCGGGUUUGGAUUGUGAUGGAGUUUGCUCAGGGAGGAAGCGCGCUUUCCCUGAUGAAGGUAUCCAAGAAUGGUUGUCUUGAGGAAAAGUAUGUCAGUAUCAUGAUUAGAGAGGUGCUCGUUGGUUUGAGCUACCUCCACAAAGUCCCCGUCAUCCACCGAGACAUAAAAGCCGCCAAUGUCCUCGUCACCGUCACUGGCAAAGUGUUGAUCUGCGACUUUGGCGUUUCAGCACUCUUGACCACAACAGGCAGCAAGAGGAAUACGAUGACUGGUACACCAUAUUGGAUGGCCCCGGAGGUAGUGCAAACAGUACCUGCCUACGAUACCAAGGCUGACAUAUGGAGCCUGGGUAUCAUGAUCUACGAAAUGAUCAAGGGUAGUCCGCCUCAUUCCAAUCUCGAGCCAUUCAAAGUCAUGGACCUCAUACCUCGGGUUAAACCCCCUCGCCUUCUGGAAACAGAGGGUUCGAAAGACAUGCGCGAUUGCAUGGCUCAUUGUCUCAAGGAAUCUCCUAGCGAGCGUCUUCCAGCCGACGAACUCUCCAAAACGAAAUGGAUCAAGUCUGUCGCCAAAACGCCUACCAACGUUCUACAGGAACUUGUGCGUCGUUUAGAUCAAGCAGAAAAGAGAGCGAGUCUGGCGGAACCACUAGCUUGGGAAGCGGACGAGGAGCGAGACCUCCGGCAAUUAGGCAUGGACCAUGAAGACGAAAAUCCAUGGGAAUUCGACACAGUCAGAGCAAGUGCAUUGUUUCUAUCAGAACUCGAUGCGCCUCGUCUCUCAGAAGACGAUUCGUCGCAAAUGCAAGCGACCAUUAGGCCUCCUCCCGCUCAAUUGCCAUCGUCUCUUCGAGCUUUGUUUGAAGAUGAAGCGACAUCGUCACAAGACGCUUUCAGGAUCCCUGCGUUCCAAAUUCCUUCCCAACGGAACACACCCAGUCCGCCUGCUGCCCUGUCUCCUCCACCAGCCAGCCGUCUUGGUAUCAAGCGCGGCGCAACUCUCGACAACAUUGGAGAUGAUCUAACGGCCAAACAGGCCUUUUUCGCUUUCCCUCCUCGACCUAUUGGACGAUCUCGGUCCAAUCUGGGCUCUGCACUUACGGGUUCAGAAGACGAUUCCUCAACGGAGGCCAACAAUUCAGAUAGUAGCUCAACUCGCACUGAAUACCGAGCUCGAGGCCCUCAUAAUAUCGCAAUACCUGCCGCUGAUGCCCUUGCCAUCGAAACAGAUGUACCAGGCUCAUCUUCAUCUUCCACUUCGUCGAAUUUCACCAUAACCAAGCCCUCUCCAGUCCGCAAACCAUCUCAGAGCAAUCUAGAAGGCAAUAGAGACAUCGAUUUAACUUCUCCAGCGGCGUUCCAGUUCCCUCCCCCACAACAGUCGCCUACUAUUGCCCCGGUGCUUCCUCUACAGCUUCACAAGUCCCACAGCCGCCACUCACCCACCCAUUCAAGCACAUCGAGUGCAACGAGUAUCCCAGUGUCACCGGGAGCUCAUCAGCCAGCCUAUUCGUUGGACAAUACCGUCUCGCCCCGACGCUUCGCUACACCUACUCAGCGUCCAGCACCAUCUAUGAUCAGAACACGCUCCGCAACUGCUCUCCCUGAAACUGGUCCUUCAAAACCAUUAGCUUCUCGUGCGAUAAAUAUGGAACCGCCCCCGCUAGUUCCACCUAUCAAACCGUUUGCUCGUCGACAGCGUAGCGGUAGUGACUCCAGUAAUACGGGUUACACGCCUGGUCUAGGAACUCCGGGUCUGAAAGACGUUCUCAAGAUUCCAUCGUUGACAUCUGAACAUCAUUUGGGCAUAUCUGACUUGCUACCGCCAUCUCCCUCUGCUGCGGGGUACAGUCCCCGUACAUUUACUCCAUCAGCCAGCCAGCUGGCCACAAGCACACUGCCAGAGACAUCGCAAUACUCUGCGUUUCGAGAAGCAGCGUCGACAUCCAACACGUCAUUUUCGCUCGGUCUUCCUAGGACCAGUUCCCCUCCACCGCUGGAAAUGCGGAAUGGCAACAGCGACCAUGUUUAUUCGCGCACACAUCAGCCGUCAUUGUCCUCAGCUUCAAUAUCUUCACUCCCAUCACUAGGCCCAGCUAUCCGACCUCUGGAUUACGCUGCGUUAAUCUCGGGCGAAAGCACCCACUCAGAGUUGGCUCGGACAAUUGAUGAUCUUUCUCAAUGGCUCUCUAUUCUUGAAAAGGGACUGGGAAACAUGCUAGAUACCUCCAUCUACGCAAGCACCAUUGCUGAAGAGCAAGAAGGAUCGUCGACCGAUCUAGAUGAGACACCAUUGGAGCAACGACAAGAUGCUUCUGGCCGUCACCCUGUAGUCGCAACAUAG